AAAUUGUCAAAUUUUAAUAUAUAUAUCACAAAGAGUUUAAUUAAGUUAUACUUUGCACUUGUAUAUCUUUAUUUAUAUUGAUCUGAAAUACUGAAAGAGAAUGAGAACACUAAAAGUCUGGUAAUCAAUAAAGGACUGGCACCGGUUGAUACGACAUACAUAGGCCAUUAGUUGACUAUAGAUAUUCUCCUUCUAAGGUUAUUUCCUGCAAACUAGUGGCUGAGCAUUCACCAUGUACAUUGAAAAUCAUAUGGAUGUACUUGGAAUGGGCAGAAGACAAUUGCAACCAUGGAGUAUAGCCGGAGGUUCAAUAUCUUACAUGGAACCGAUAUUUCCGAUUCGUAUAAGUGACUAUACUCGUACACACCAUUUACUGCCAUGGAGACCGAAUGUCGGAUUCGAGAAUACAGAAGUUAUCCCGUUAGCUACAAAGUCGAUAUCGAGUUACGCGCUGGACGCGAGUAACAAGAUGAGUACACGGCCGUUGAAAUUUCCAAAUCUGAUCACGGGAUAUCAACGCAAUCCCGUUCACGCAUCGCAAGCCGCCCUUUACACGAGAUACACGCCGCACGAAUGGUUCCAGAAACAAGUGAAAUACUACAACGAGGCAGAUUCGCAGAGGCAUUAUUCCGAGAGGAUGCGAAACGAUGCUCUGAGAGUUAUCAGAGAUGCCGAGGAGAAGAUACAGCAUGGUCAGUACGAUACCAGCCGAAGACUCGGCGAAAGGAUAAACGACAUUACUUUUUGGCGUAACGAGGUGGCAGCGGAACUGGAGAGAAUGCUUCAUGAAAUCGAGAGACUCCACGAUUGCCGUAGUGUCCUAGAAAAAGCAGCACGUGAUAUCGAAGGACCUUUGCGUAUUGCAGAGGAGUGCCUGUAUCACAGGGAGGCUAGAAAAGGUACAGAAUUGGUACAUGACGAGUCGGAAAAGUGUUUACUGCGAGAAGUACAAAACUUGCGGACAAACCAGAAGAAAUUAGAAGCCUGCUUGGACAAAUGUAAGGAUCAGUUACGAAAUUGCAGGGCUUCGCAGAAUCAACUAGAGUUGGAUUUAAAGAAUAAGGAGAGCGCCCUGGGCAUAGACGCUGUUUGUCACCAACUGAACAAUCACACUCAAGGAUUACAAUAUUAUUCUGGAAUUGAGAAAUACGAUCCAUGCGUUUCAGAACAAGAAACUUGGGCGGAUGCGGUGAAUAGGAUAGUGCAAAGAUCUCAAACGGAACGGAACAAGUCCUGUCAAUUACGCACCACUGCCGAAAGUCUUGUCAACAAAGUCGCUCAGGAAAUGUGGAACACUUGGAGUAACACCAAUAACGCUUUAACCCAUAGAUCGUCUGAGUUACUUGAGGCUAAGAACAAGCUCCAACAGCAUUUGCAAAAGGUGCAACAGGAAAUAUUCGGCGUUGAGAAAAAUUUGGAGUUAAUGCGUAAAGCUAUCGCGGACAAGAGUUACGCGACUAAAGUCGCACAUACGAGGAUGGAGGCGAGGAUGCAUCGUCCCGAUAUGGAAUUAUGUCGCGAUUACGCUUAUGCGAGCCUUCAGAAAGAGAUCGACGAAAUAAAUCAUCAACUCGAGCGAAUGCACAAGGCGCUGAAAGAACUCGAGAAUCAACAUCAAAAAUUGCUGCGAACCCGAACCAUGCUCGAACACGAUCUCGCCCUUAAAAUCGACGCGAUAUACAUUGACAAAGAAAAGGUUUGCGGUCUUAGACGCGCGUAUCCUGUUAACGCAUUGUUUAGAUUUUAAAAGUAUAUUCUCUGUUGAUCCUCUAUACAC